UCCAUCAAAUCUCUCUCAUCAUCUAUUCCUUUCUCAUCCAAACCCAAACUUUUCUUAAUCUUUGAAAAAGAUGGCACCAAAGGCAGAGAAAAAGCCAGCGGAGAAGAAACCAGCAGAGGAGAAAAAGACGGUGGCCGAGAAAGCCCCGGCGGAGAAGAAGCCGAAGGCCGGAAAGAAACUGCCAAAGGAAGGCGGUGCAGCGGCGGCCGGAGACAAGAAGAAGAAGAGAUCAAAGAAGAGCGUAGAGACAUACAAGAUCUAUAUCUUCAAAGUUCUGAAGCAGGUUCAUCCUGAUAUCGGAAUCUCCAGCAAGGCCAUGGGGAUCAUGAACUCAUUUAUCAACGAUAUUUUUGAGAAGCUUGCUCAAGAAUCCUCCAGGCUUGCAAGGUACAACAAGAAGCCGACGAUCACAUCUCGGGAGAUUCAGACUGCCGUUAGAUUGGUUCUUCCCGGUGAAUUGGCUAAGCAUGCUGUUUCUGAGGGUACCAAGGCUGUCACCAAGUUUACCAGCUCUUGAACUGGUGGUGGUGGUUUGCGUGUUGAUGGGUUAGGGUUAGGGUUUUUAGGUAAUUAGAUUUGGGGAUUGUUAAUUUUAGGUCUUGUUUUUUUUUUUAAUUUGGGUGCUUGUAAUUGGAGGUUGUUUGGAUCUACUUGAUCCUGCUGUUUGUAGUAUGGUUAAAUGAAUCAAAAUACAUAUUAUGCUCA